GAGUUUUAAUUUUAAUGCUGUGUCCAUUAGUGAAUAAUGUAUUCUAAGAUCUGAAGGCUCCAUUAUCGUUAAUUACUCUUCUUCUAGAUACGUCAUUGCAUAAAUAUUUAAUGUAUUUUAAUAGUAAAUGGCUUUGGAACUCGGAGGAUGCCGGCUAGUUGCCGGUGCUAUGGAAACAUGGACACGAAGGGGUGGACCAUGUCUCUUGAAAUUUUGCGAUGAUAAUCACGUUGAAAACAUUCAGUGAUUUAAUGAGUACAUGGAAAAUAGUACAACGGCGGUGCUACGACCUCCUUUCACAUAAAUACUCGCUACUUGUAAUUCUUAUAGCAUUUACUUGCAUAUUCAUCGGCAUAAUACAUUUUGGAGAGGUUUGGAUAGCAUGGAGCAAAGAGAAAUACAAAGCAGUAUUUCAUUCAUUCAAUGACAAUAUACUUGGUAUAUCAUUUCAAAAUAAAUUGUGCCAACAUGUACCCAUUGAUGUGGUGUAUACAUGGGUAAAUGGUUCCGAUCCAGCAUUUCUGAAAAACCUUCAGAGAUAUGUUUCUCUAAACGAUAUAAAUGCAGCUACACCGAGGUUCAGUGAUAAAGAUGAAUUGCGUUAUUCGCUUAGAUCCAUAGAAAUGUACGCCCCUUGGGUGCGACAUGUAUAUAUUGUAACCAAUGGCCAAAUACCAAAUUGGCUGGAUAUGGAUAAUCCACGUAUGACCCUUAUUACUCAUGAUGAUAUUUUUCUUGAUCCAGCCGAUUUACCGACAUUCUCUAGUCCUGCAAUUGAAAGUCAUAUACAUAGGAUUCCUGGUCUGUCCGAUAAAUUUUUAUACUUUAAUGACGAUGUGAUGCUGGGUGCAGAAAUAUGGCCUGAGGAUUUCAUAACACAAGCAGGUGGUCAAAAAAUAUACCAAGCAUGGUGGGUCCCAGAUUGUUCUGAAAUCUGCCCAUGGGCAUGGGUUGGAGAUGGAGCAUGCGAUCCGGCUUGCAAUACAACAUUGUGUGAAUUUGAUGGUGGUGACUGUGACGUUACACCAAUGACAACAGAUAGUGAACCGUUAGAAGAAGAAAGUGAUUAUCCUUACAAAUUUUUACAGGAUACACAAUUAAAAAAUCAAGAUGCUAUGAGAAUUUUGAAUAUUUUAAAAAAUAGGAGCAACGUACUGACUGCGAUGACCAGUAUUGGAUCACUAGUUCAGAGAUCAUUGAAGUCACCACCGUCAACUGCCGCAUGGUAUUACCAUCACGUGUACGUGAGCCGCCAAUGGCGACUGGUAGAU